UAUGGGCAUCGGGAACAAGCGUAAGCGUAAGCACGGCCGCCGAUCCAGAAAGCGGCCGGAGAACGCCGUCGUAGGCGCCACUAAUCCCGAGGCAGCCGCCGGGGGGAAUGAAGUGAGGUCCUCCGUCAGCAACGUGGAGCUCGUCACCUCGAAUUCUCCACCACCUUCCUCUAAACACCAGCGACGCCGCCGUGGGCGCCCCAACAAAACCCCCAAGCCUGAAGCUCCAACCGACGAGACUCUUUCCAAUGACGUUCCGCCUGUCGCUACCAGUCCUGUGCUUCCGCCGGUUAAUGCGGAGAGCUCUGUUGCUAGGGUUCUUCCAGCCAUGGACUCGGUGGUGAAGGUUUUCUGUGUUCACACAGAUCCGAAUUUCUCUUUGCCGUGGCAGCGGAAGCGGCAGUACAGUUCGAGCAGCAGUGGGUUUGUGAUCCAGGGAAGGAGGGUUUUGACGAGUGCGCAUUCGGUGGAGCAUUAUACUCAGAUCAAGUUGAAAAAGAGAGGUUCCGAUACUAAGUAUGUCGCCACUGUUCUCGCUAUUGGCGUCGAAUGCGACAUUGCUUUGUUAACAGUAAAUGAUGAUGAAUUCUGGGAAGGGAUAUCACCUGUAGUCUUCGGUGAUCUACCAGCACUUCAAGAUGCUGUGACAGUUGUGGGUUAUCCUAUUGGGGGCGACACUAUCUCUGUCACCAGUGGGGUUGUCUCACGAAUAGAAAUUCUCUCAUAUGUUCAUGGUUCCACUGAACUUCUGGGUUUGCAGAUAGAUGCUGCUGUAAACUCUGGAAAUUCUGGGGGACCUGCUUUCAAUGACAGGGGAAUUUGUGUUGGUAUUGCAUUUCAAUCAAUAAAAUAUGAGGAUGUGGAGAAUAUUGGCUAUGUCAUACCAACACCAGUCAUCAUGCACUUCAUACAAGAUUACGAGAAGCAUGGAAUGUAUACUGGAUUCCCUGUUCUUGCGAUCGAGUGGCAGAAGAUGGAAAAUAAAGACUUGCGGUUGUCAAUGGGAAUGAAACUUGAUCAUAAUGGUAUCCGCAUACGAAGAAUUGGUCCAAGUUCUCCACUGUUCAAGGUUUUGAAGCCAUCAGAUAUCAUCCUUAGCUUUGAUGGGGUUGAUAUUGCUGAAGAUGGAACAGUUCCAUUUAGGCAUGGAGAGCGCAUAGGUUUCAGCUACCUUGUGUCCCAAAAAUAUACUGAUGAUAGUGCUGAAAUUGAAGUUUUACGUAAUUCAGAGCGUCUCAAGUUCAAAGUUGAUCUUGGAACUCAUACACGGCUUGUUCCUGCUCACAACAAUGGCAAGCCUCCUUCAUAUUAUAUCAUUGCAGGGUUCGUUUUUACGCCAGUUUCUGUUCCAUAUCUCCGUUCUGAGUAUGGAAAGGAGUAUGAGUGUGAAGGUCCGGUCAAGCUGCUGGACAAGGUCUUACAUGAAAUGCCUCAAUCAGUAGAUGAACAAAUUGUUGUAAUUUCCCAGGUGCUUGUAGCUGACAUCAAUAUUGGAUACGAGGACAUUGUCAACACUCAGGUACUUGCCUUUAAUGGUCAGCCCGUUAAGAAUCUGAAGAGCUUGGUUACCAUGGUUGAGAGCUGCACUGAUAAAUAUAUGAAAUUUGAUUUGGAAUACCAGCAGAUUGUGGUUCUCCGAACAAGGACUGCAAAAGCGGCAACCUUGAACAUUCUCACCCGCCACUGUGUACCAUCAGCCAUGUCAGAUGAUCUGAAGACAUAACUGUGCAUCAUCAUGUAUUUGUUCGUCACCGUAUUUGUUGGUAUCUCCAUUUCUUGUAUAAUUGCCUAAAGGCCAUCUACUCACAAAACACUUGGCCGUCAAAUUAUUCUCCUGCAAAUUCCAGUUAGCUAUUUAUGUAAUGUGUCACCGAAGUGGCUCAUGGAGCCAACUGUAUGUAUGUACUGCUUGUAGCCAUGUGUGGUAUUAUGUAUGUACUGUUUGUGUGUGAGACAAUGAAAGGCUUAUGUCUGCCUGAAAGUUCUAAGAUUUAUGAUCUAUAUAUCUA